GCAAGCCCCUGGCACCGCCACCCAAUCUAAUGAUGAGCGUGACUCCAAGGACCCGUUCUUGCAUCAUUGCUCCACGACCUCAAGAACACCCAUCAGCCAAUUCCAACCUGCGCUCUUCCACCUGCACGUCAACAAUCACGACUCUCUCUCGGUCGGUCGUUUUCCACUCACAGUGAUCCCAAAUCGCGAUGUGCUCCAACGAUAUCUUCCUCGGGCUGCUAGCCGUUCUCUUCCCGCCGUUGCCUGUCUGGGUCAAGCGCGGUCUGUGUUCCGCCGACUCCAUCAUCAACAUCCUCCUCCUCAUGCUCGGUUACAUCCCCGGCCUCCUCCACGCCUGGUACAUCAUCGCCAAGUACCCCGAGCCGCCAUACGACUACGAGUACGAGAGCGUCCCGCAGGACGCCGAGCACGGGCGCAUCUACGUCUUCGUCAACGGAAACGGCGGGCACGGCGGCCAGCCGCCGCAGGGCUACCAGCCGCAGCAGGGCGCCCAAGCGCAGCCGCCCAAGCCCCAGGGCCACAUGAACUACGGCACAAGCAACACCAACAACAACCACUCCACGGGCGCUCCCGCACCUCACCACCAGCAGCAGCACCAGCCGCAGGAACAGGGCACGACGGCGGAGGCCGGGCCGAGCGACGGCGGCGCGCCGCCGCCGAGCUACGCGCAGGUUGUGGCUGGGGAUCACAAGGUGCAGAACCAUGACUAGAUCGGGGGUGCGGAGCCGUUGCGGGUAGGGAGGAGUACGGUGCGAGGGGUAAAUGGGCUUUUUCUCCGGGGUCAGUGGACUUUCGCUGCCACGUGGUGAUGUGUAUGCUUCCGGCUGGAUGGGAAUGUGUGUUUGCUGUUUGCGCGUGGGAAUUAAUGGGCGUUGGGUUGGCGGGUAGGAUACCGUGUUUUCGGAUGUUGGUUGAAUGGAUGGGCGGGACAUCCCACUCUGUGUUGACGAAUAUUUUAGCUCGUUAUUGUCAGGAUAAGGAUCAUGUCAGCGUUGUCACCUCGAUGGCACCCUAUAAGUGCAGUUACCCCCACAUAUCUGCCUGCUGAGGAUAUUAAGCAAGUUAGGGAACUUUAUGAUACGUGCGAAGCACAAAUGCACCCCGUUUCUCCAG